AACGCGCACGUGAACACCCACGUGCGAACACACGCGCGCGCGAGCACCCGAGCGAGCGGAGGCCGAGCCGACGCGCGAGCACACGCGCGCGGUCACGGGCAGGCGCGUGCACGCCCACGGGCACGCCCACAGAAGCGCGGGAGGGCCGCGGGCACCGCGUGUGGCUCGGCACGUACCGCUCCCCCCGCCGCCGGCCCCGGUCACGCGUGGUCCCCGCCGCCCCCCGCGCCGCCCUCCCCGUCCCGCCCCGCCCGCCCGGCGCGGGGCCGCCCACCCGUGACGAGGCCGCACGUCAGCGCGCGCAGGGGCGGGAGUGGGGCGGUGGCUGUGGCGGCGGCGGCGGCGGUGGCGGCGCGGGCACGGCGGGCGCUGUCGCGGGAGCCAAGAUGCCACCGUCCUUGCCUGCCACCAUCAACAUCCGGGAGCCCCGCUGGGACCAGAGCACCUUCCAGGGCCGGGCCAAGCACUUCUUCAUGGUGACCGACCCCCGAAACCUGCUGCUCUCAGGGGCCACGCUGGAGGAAGCCCGACGGGUGGUGGAGGACUACAGGGCAGGCACCGUACACCCUGGGCUGACAGAGGACCAGCUUUGGCGGGCAAAGUACAUCUAUGACUCGGCUUUCCACCCUGACACGGGCGAGAAGAUGAUCCUUGUGGGACGCAUGUCUGCUCAGGUCCCCAUGAACAUGACCAUCACUGGUUGCAUGUUGACCUUCUACAGGACCACGCCAGCCGUGCUGUUCUGGCAGUGGGUGAACCAGUCCUUCAAUGCUGUUGUCAACUACACCAACCGCAGCGGAGAUGCACCCAUCACCCCCAGCCAGCUGGGGACAGCCUAUGUGAGUGCAACCACGGGGGCAGUUGUCACAGCACUGGGACUCAAAUCCCUCACCAAGCACCUGCCAGCCAUCAUUGGCCGGUACGUGCCUUUUGCGGCCGUGGCAGCUGCCAACUGCAUCAACAUCCCGCUGAUGAGGCAGAGAGAGCUCAAGCUGGGGAUCCCUGUCACGGAUGAGAAUGGGAACCGCCUGGGUGAAUCCACAGCAGCAGCCCAGAAGGCCAUUUUUCAGGUGGUGGUGUCCCGCAUUGGCAUGGCAGCGCCCGCCAUGGCCAUUCCGCCGGUGAUCAUGAACAUGCUGGAGAAGAGAGCUUUCCUGAAGCGGUACCCGUACCUGAAUGCUCCCCUGCAGGUCAGCCUGGUGGGACUCUGUUUGGUGUUUGCCACCCCGUUGUGCUGCGCACUCUUCCCACAGAAAAGCUCAAUGCCUGUGAGCAGCCUGGAGCCUGAAGUCCAAGAUCAGAUCCGGAAGAAAGAUCCAUGGCUGGAGACUGUCUACUUCAACAAAGGGCUCUGAGCAGCUGCUGGGGUGGCUGAUGUGCCCCACAGAGCUGCCAGGCCAGCACAUUGCUGAGCUUUGCCCUUGGGUCCCCUCGGGGCUGCUGCCGCUUUCCCUUGGCCGUUGUGUGUCCAUAGGUCCCAGGUGCUCAGCCCUGCUUCCCGGGGUGCCUGCAGCCACGCAGCACCACACCAACCCCUGUCCCUGUGCCCGGCUCAGCCCUGCUCUGGGGACCUCCUGGUGGCACCCUGGUGCACUCCUCCUCUCUGGGUGCCUGUGGCUCUGUGCAGUGCGCAGGGAAGUGCGGGCAGCAACACCAGGAACCUUGUGAGCUGUGCUGGAGGGAGAAAUGAAAGUGAGAUGAGGAAGACAAUGGUGCUCCCCAGCUUUAGGAGGCAGCAGAGAAUCAGCAAUUGAAGGUAGAGAACCUCUGCAGGCACCCUACAGUGCCCAGCGGUUCAGCAGCUGGUGCCUGGGGAUGGCAGAGCAGCGUUUGGAGAGGAAAACUCCCCAAACCCAAAAUAGCUGGGGGUGAGUGAUUGAUUGCACGUAGUGGCUGGAACUCAGAGUGGGGGGCUCUCCCAGCCCAGGCACGUGCUCCCAGCUCACCUUCUGCUCUCCUCCAGGCUGCUCUGGGGAUUUAAUCUGGCUUUCUGCUGCUUCCAUCCCCAGAGCAAAUGGCACAUUUUAAUCCCAGUAGAGUCAUGGUUUUUAUUCUCAUUUUAAUGCCAUCUGCGUUCAGGGCUGGGCUUCCCCUGAGGGGUUACUCUACCCCCUCCUGGAGUGCUUGCUUUCAGGUGGACCUUCUCAAAUAGCUUUAAGUGCACUGUGGUUUCCUCUAGGUAUUUUUGAUAUACAUAUAAAUGUACCUAUAUAUACCAAACAAUAAAGGCAGAUUGUUUAUACAAAACCAACAGCAAA